UUGUAGUGGGCAGCAAACUGCAAACCCCUGCACCAUGAAGCAACAUUAACGAGCCUGCCAGCAGAGUUGGCGCUCUGCAAGUGUUAGAGUGAAUGCUUGUGUGUGUGCGUGCGUGCUGUAGAUGUGGCAGCGGUGUACAGUAGCAUGGCAGACUGCAGUAAAUACACAGUUGAAGAGGCGGGGUUUGACAUCUCAGCUCUGAAAACAUCUCUAAUCCAGUAUUUCAGGUGCCGAAGUCGAACGAGCGACCAUUGCUCACUACCGCCGCGCGUCAGCGAACUGCAGCAGAACCGCACGACUCCAGAACCCGGAAUAUCCUGCAAGUGGACGCAGACGGCUGCCGUGCGAGUUCCCGAGAGCGAAGAAAUCCCACAAAAAGCCGGAGAGAGUGAAGUUUCAGCGGCGCGAAAGACAACACUUUGUUUUCCUGCUUGGUGUUUUAGUUUCCAGCGUCUGUUUCUGUCUCGGAGUGACCAGCAACUCCCACCGCGUCUCAGGUCCUCCCCCCGAAACUCAGCCAACACUUCAACUCUUGUGCUCACUGGAGGAUACUGCCGCACUUUGGGAUAUUUUUCUUUCCUAGGUGAGUGGCUCUUUAUUUGAGUUUGACACGAGCAGUUCUUCAAACUUCCCUGGUUUGUGUUUUAGCCGCAGUGCGUGGGGCGGAAAUGUAGCUUUACCUGCCUGGAACUCAGCACAUCAGUGUUUGCUGUCCAGCCUGGGUGAAACUUUACACAAUAAACCUCUGAUUGGGCCAACUGACUGCAGCGGUUAUAUUAUAUUUUCAGUAGCAUCAGGACCAUGUGGCAGAACUUGCGUACGGGGCCCCACCGUCCCUUCUGAAGCUGCUGUGAAGCUUUGUGCAGAGCAAUCAAGAUUACAGGAUGACUGAGGGAUGUUCCUUUGUCAUCAAAAUGCACCUUAUCAGAAGUAUCAGACCGCUGAUCAUCGAAGGCUUCCCAAAACAAAGACUUGGAUUGUAAUUUAGUUUGUGUGGACUUUUUUUUUUUUUUUUUGAAAAAGUGGCAGACAAAGUAAAAGGACCUUCUACAUGAGCUGCAGAAAUGGACUAGAAGCCCAUGUGUAGCAGGGUGACUGCUGCAGCUUGUGGAAUAACUUAGCCCCAGACUGUUCGGGAGUCACUCCUUCAGGGGUCCUGGGAUCUGAUCCCAGCACCAGACCUCUCCCCCUGUCGUCGUCUGACUAUCCCACAUGUCUGUUGGCAGACCCAACUAUCCAAUGGCAUGGGUCAAGUUCUUCAGGAAGCCGGGGGGCAAUCUGGGGAAAUCAUACCAGCCGGGGAGUAUGCUGUCUCUGGCACCCACUAAAGGACUGCUGAACGAGCCGGGCCAGAACAGCUGCUUUCUCAACAGUGCUGUACAGGUACUAUGGCAACUGGACAUCUUCAGACGCAGCUUGAGGCAACUACCUGGGCACUUCUGUCUGGGAGAAUCAUGCAUUUUUUGUGCGUUAAAGGGCAUUUUCUCCCAGUUCCAGCACAGUCGGGAGCGCGCCCUGCCCUCUGACAACCUGCGUCACGCCUUGGCAGAGACCUUUAAGGACGAGCAACGCUUCCAGCUGGGCUUCAUGGACGAUGCCGCAGAGUGCUUUGAGAACAUACUGGAGAGGAUCCACCUGCACAUUGUGCCGGAGGAGACCGAUGCCUGCACUUCAAAGUCUUGCAUCACGCAUCAGAAAUUUGCUAUGUCACUUUAUGAGCAGUCUAUGUGCCGUAGCUGUGGGGCAUCCUCCGACCCACUGCCGUUUACAGAGCUGGUGCAUUAUGUCUCCACCACCGCACUCUGUCAACAGACGCUUCAGCACAGAGACGAGUCAUUUGGGGAACUGUUACAAGCUGCGAGCACAAUAGGGGAUCUUCGCAACUGUCCAAGCAACUGUGGCCAGAGGAUUAGGAUCAGGCGGGUCCUCAUGAACUCCCCUGAGAUAGUUACCAUAGGCUUUGUCUGGGACUCUGACCAGUCAGACCUCACGGAAGAUGUUAUCAGAUCGCUGGGGCCUAAUCUCAGUCUUUCUACGCUCUUCUACAGGGUAACAGAUGAUCAUGCCAAAAAGGGAGAGCUGCAGCUCGUGGGGAUGAUCUGCUACUCCAGCCGCCACUACUGUGCCUUCGCCUUUCACACCAAGUCUUCCAAAUGGGUCUUCUUUGAUGAUGCCACAGUGAAAGAGAUCGGUUCCAGGUGGAAAGAUGUGGUCAGCAAAUGUAUCAAAGGUCACUUCCAGCCUCUCCUCCUCUUUUACUCCAACCCCGACGGGAGUGCUAUCACAGCAGAUGAUGCCUCAAGACAAAACAGCAGCCAGUCCCACUACAAGACUACUGUUGAUGUAGAAGUGCAAGGCUUUGAGCCUCCAGUUUCAGCCCCCAAGAAGCUGGACCUCACCAGGGAGAAUCUGAACGCUCUGUUGGGCCAAGCCAUUUUCAAAGAGAAGACCCCGUCGACCUUCAGCAGGGGCAGCACUCAGUACAGUGCAGGACGGGGACCAGUGAAAAUUGCCACCAUCGAUCCCAAGAGUCGCCUCAGGGAGAUUUCUCGAGAAGUUGCCCAGAGAGCAGGAGAGGUCCGUGGCAUGCAUCCAUUCAAAAAAGAGCCUGAUAGGAGAGGUCAACAGAGGCCGGAGGCACGCUACAGAGAUCCAGGUCAGGACAGGACCUAUUCCCGCUCCGCCUCCCCUCCAGAGAAUGGCUUCAAAAAACACCUGGAACCUCGACUGUACAGCAGCCAAGGAAAAGGUCCCACUCGGACUGAGCGAACCCCCCACCUUGGUGGACGGUCCUCGCAUGAGCCCCCUCCCUAUCACUCGAGGGUCCAAGUGUUGCCCAGUGGGCCUAGUGGGCCCAGCAUCAGCAGUGGUCAGCGGAGAUUAGGACAGCUCUCCAAUGGAUACGAUACUGACAGCAGCCAAGACUCCAGAGAUCGUCCUGUAAGUGGAGGGAACAGCCGAAGCAGGGCCAGCCGCCCAUGGAAGCCCACUCGGGAGGCGCUAAAUGUGGACAGUGUUGUAAGAGGGAGUAGCAGUGGUAUUACAGUAAAUCAAGAGCGAAGGCAGCACAGCCCCCGGAGAAGACCCAGUAGUCAGUCACCCUCCCGAGAGCGAGACAGAGAUUUUACGUGGGGAGGCAAAGAAGAACGCAAACCCAAGAGCCUAAUGACCAUCUAUGAGGAUGAGCAGAGGCAUGAAACAGGUGGCAGCCGAAGCUCGCUGGACUCAGAUGGCCGGGGUGGCUACAGCGACAAGGACAGGUCAAAGGGCUCAGCAGCUCUAAAAGUACGGAAUGACAACUGGAAGAUCCAGCGAACUGAAUCUGGAUAUGAGAGUAGUGACAGACUAAGCAAUGGCUCAGCAAAUCUUGACUCACCUGUGGUAGAGAACCUUUCUUCCAAGGACCUGCGGCCCAUACCUGAGCUGCAACUGACAAUGGAUCAGUUCCCUCAGAGAAGAAGCGAUGAUUUGAAGGCUGACGUAUUGGUCUCUAAAGUUUCCACAGGUGAACAAGAAAGAAAAUCUCCAGAUCUACAAGACGCAGACAUCCUGUCUAGUCAGCCAAUACAAAGCAGAAGAAGAGCCUUCCGAUACACUCCUGGGAUCUUGGAAAGUUACAAUAGUCUUGACAGCGAACUAGAGGAAAACGUGGAUAGCAGCCCCGUGAGCCCUGUGCCUCCUUACUUAGCAAAGACCAGCAGUUCUGAGUGGAACAGCUCGGAUGACCUUGCAGGACCUUUCUCUGAACAAGAAGAAAUGGGCACGGUUGCCCACUUACACCCUUUCUUGCACAACUAUCCUCCACCUUUACCCCCCAAGACCUUUGGCAACAAUCACGCUGACCCAUCUGCUGUCCACUCCCCGCCACCGGAGGUGCCACCACGGUUGAGCCCCCGCAGUGAACCCAAAAAUGGCUUGUCCUCCCUCUCGCACACCACCCUCCGCCGGUGGAUUGAGACACCUGCCGAGCUCAGGCUUUCAUCAGAUGCCAGCUCCAAGUCGGGGUCAUCGGACCAGGACAGGAACGAUCUGUCGGCAAGCGAGAGCGACGAGAGGUUACCCAGUCCAAAGCCCGGACACGAUCACGGUACAGACUCCCCUGGUCCGACAGAUAUGGUUCUUCCCACCACCUACUUUUCUGUGGACAACUGUAUGACAGACACUUACCGGGCCAAAUACCACAAGCCUGCCUUGUACAUGAAAGCAGAGGACCACAUGUCAUCAGGGGAGAGUGAUGUUGAUGGGAGGGGUCUUCCUUUGCCAGAUGUUCAGCCACCAGAGCCUUCCAAAAGCAGAUCAGAACCAGGCUUUUCUACUACUAAGACGGCUGCAAAGUGGAACCCAGUUACUCCAAAAGGACUUGAUGAGCAUGGUUUCCUAUGAUUUUAACAAAAGCAUCAAUAGACCUUGAGUGAUCCAGUGACUGGAUGCCAAAAGGAAUUGCUAUGCACUAUGACUGCUAGACAGUGUGACUCCUUCUGACUGGGAUGUGUAUUUUCUUAUAUACUCAACAGAAAGUUGGACAUUAAACUGAAUGCCAAAGAGAUUGUGAAAAGAAUGGCAGGUGUCCUUAGUAGCUAUAUUGUUGUUUUGGUAUGAACUACUAAAAGCUUUGAAUGAACAGUGAAUUUGCACAGUUGAGAGCACCAGAAAGUCACAGAGAAAUAAACAUCUCCAAAAACAUUUGCUGGCGAUCAUGUUUGGACUUUUGGAGCUCAAAAGCAAAGGGUUGGAUUAGUAAAGAAUGUGUCACAAAAAGCCACUUUACCACUCAAGAGAUUAUUUUCAUGAGGAAGUAACCCAUUUCUUGCAGUUCUACUUCCUCUCACUCCAUGGAAUGUUUUUAUUUGUGUGUUUAACUACUCCCAUUUCAGCGUUAUGAGGUGUCUGCCCCAGUUCUAUCUGUGUUUCACAUCAUAUACCCUAUACCCUUUCAUGGGUUUUGAAGGUUCCAGUAAUAUUCAGAACAUGAAUUUUUUUUGUACAUUUUGGAAAGCAUAUUGGGCACUCUUUUGGCAAGAUCUAAAAGUCGAUGCCAUGAGUCUGUGUGAAUAUGUAGCUCCAGGACACCCACAUAGGUUCUUGGCUCAGACGUCUUUACAGGACUGUUAAGGCGGCAAAACAUACAACCUCAGAUUCUUGCUGGUAUGUAGAGUUUAGUGACCUAAUCAAAUAACACGCUUCAUUCUUUCUUUUGUCUCUGUAUUCAUCAAACUUCUGGUCUAGGUCUAGAAUGCCAAAAUAUCUGCUGACCAGUAUAGGUGUCCAGGGGCUACAAGGUAAUGGGUAUAAAUGUUAAAUUGAUUGUUUAUUGGUAGAAUGUCGAGGCACGUCCCUAUCCUCACAUGCACAUUUACACACUUCCCAUCAUCCUUGCAUAUUUAUUGUGUUUUAUGUGUUUACACUGUUUUUCUGGUUGAUUAUUUUCCUUUUUACACUCCUGUGAGUGACACUGACAGUUUUAAACUUCAAUUGGUUGUCUUUAACUCAAUUAAUUAUUCAGUUUGCUGUCCAAUUUCCUAAAGAUUGCUCCUAUUGGCAGCAAGUCUGCUCUGGUAGGACACGGACAUGUUAGAAUUUAAAAUUGUCACCUAGGGAUUGACAGGGCUUUCUUUUUCUUUGAGGGAGUUAUUAUAAUAACGUUGUAAAUCUGAGUAGUGGACUAUUUUUUUUGGUUCAAAAUAUUUUCUAUAUGCAGCAGGACUCUAAUGCACAGUGCCUUUUGUAUUUUUCUAUGUUGUGACAAGAUUAAAUUGGAGCCCUGGUUUGUACAAUUCUUUGAUUUUAAAGAAUAUUUGUAACAUUUUAUUUUAUUUUUAUUGAUGAACAAUUGUUAAAUAAACAGUUUUAUUUAA